GGCAGACACGAAGCCACGUAAUUCUAGCAAACGUACACUUUUUAGCCGGUGCUGGAAAACAACAUUAGUGUGUCUGCUAAUACGACAAACAAAAAUGCCUCUUCGUUUGGACAUCAAACGGAAACUGUCAGCACGCUCUGACCGGGUCAAAUGUGUCGACCUGCACCCAACUGAGCCAUGGAUGUUGGCUAGCCUGUAUAAUGGAAAUGUUCACAUCUGGAACUAUGAAUCACAACAAUUGAUCAAAUCUUUUGAAGUUUGUGAUCUUCCUGUAAGGUGUGCAAGAUUUGUCCCAAGAAAGAACUGGAUUAUAACAGGAUCUGAUGAUAUGACAAUCAGGGCAUUUAACUACAAUACACUUGAGAGGAUACACCAGUUUGAGGCGCACUCUGACUACAUCCGGUCACUGGCUGUCCAUCCAACACAGCCCUUUAUCCUCAGCAGCAGUGAUGACAUGUUGAUCAAGUUGUGGGAUUGGGAAAAGAAGUGGACCUGUACUCAAGUAUUUGAGGGACACACUCACUAUGUGAUGCAGAUCAUCAUCAACCCCAAGGAUAACAACACAUUUGCUAGCGGAUCCCUGGACAGGACUGUCAAGGUCUGGCAGCUGGGUUCCCCAACACCAAACUUCACACUGGAAGGUCAUGAGAAAGGAGUCAACUGUCUGGAUUAUUAUUCAGGGGGAGACAAACCCUAUCUUAUCUCUGGCGCAGAUGACAGACUCAUUAAAAUCUGGGAUUAUCAGAACAAAACAUGUGUACAGACACUUGAGGGCCAUGCCCAGAACAUUUCAACAGUGUCCUUCCACCCAGAACUGCCGAUCAUUAUGACAGGAUCAGAGGAUGGAACUGUUCGUAUUUGGCAUGCUAACACUUACAGACUGGAGAGUACUUUGAAUUACGGACUGGAAAGGGUGUGGACUAUCGCCUGUCAGAAGGGGUCAAACAAUGUUGCUCUCGGCUAUGACGAAGGAAGCAUUAUUAUCAAGCUGGGAAGAGAAGAGCCAGCAAUGUCAAUGGACAACAGCGGGAAGAUCAUCUGGGCCAAACACUCGGAGAUUCAGCAGGCUAAUAUCAAGGCUAUUAGUGAUACAGAUAUCAAAGAUGGUGAGCGAUUACCCCUGGCAGUCAAAGACAUGGGAAGCUGUGAGAUAUACCCCCAAAAUGUGGCCCACAAUCCUAAUGGAAGAUUCGUGGUGGUUUGUGGAGAUGGUGAAUACAUCAUAUACACAGCUAUGGCACUGAGGAACAAAAGCUUUGGGUCCGCCCAGGAAUUUGUCUGGAGUAACGACUCCUCCAUGUACGCUACACGAGAGAGCACCAGUAUGGUUAAAAUAUUCAAAAACUUCAAGGAGCAAAAAUCCUUCAAACCUGACUUUGGAGCAGAAGGGAUAUAUGGGGGUAACAUGCUGGGUGUACGGUCAGUCAGUGGUCUGGCUUUCUAUGACUGGGACUCGACAGAACUUAUUAGGAGAAUAGAAAUCACACCCAAAUUUGUGUCAUGGAGUGAGAAUGGUGAACUGGUGUGUAUAUGUACAGAAGAUUCCUUCUUCAUCCUCAAGUACAAUGCUGAGGAGGUGGAGAAGGCCAAAGAACACAAGGAGGACAUUAGUGAGGACGGAAUUGAGGAUGCCUUCGAGGUAGUAGGAGAGAUUGAGGAGACAGUGAAGACGGGUAUCUGGGUCGGAGACUGUUUUAUAUACACCAACAGUGUAAACCGACUCAACUACUACGUGGGAGGGGAGAUCGUCACAGUUGCUCACUUAGAUAGAAUGAUGUACCUCCUAGGGUACAUCCCGAAGGACAACAGACUCUAUCUUGGUGAUAAAGAACUAAAUGUUGUCAGCUAUUCUCUGCUCCUCUCUGUACUGGAGUACCAGACCUCGGUGAUGAGGCGAGACUUUGAGACAGCUGAUAAGGUUCUGCCUACUGUUCCCAGGGAACAUCGGACAAGAGUGGCACAUUUCCUCGAAAAACAGGGAUUUAAAUCUCAAGCACUAGCAGUCACAUAUGAUUCUGAACAUAAGUUUGAACUGGCUGUACAACUGGGAGAUCUGAAGAUUGCAUACCAGAUAGCUAAAGAGUCAGAGGCAGAACAGAAAUGGAAGCAGCUUGCAGAGUUGGCAAUUAGUAAGUGCGAGUUUGGACUAGCCCAGGAAUGUUUACAUCAAGCACAGGACUUCGGUGGUCUCCUUCUUCUUGCCAGCUCAGCAGGCAACAAUCAGAUGGUGGCCAGACUUGGUGAAACUGCAGCAAAUGCUGGUCAAAAUAAUGUUGCCUUCAUCUCAAUGUUUACUCUUGGAAAACUGGAGGAGUGUUUAGAAGUUUUAAUCAGAACUGAACGGAUACCUGAGGCAGCUUUCUUUGCUAGGACGUACCUGCCCAGCCAAGUAUCAAGGGUAGUAGGGCUGUGGAGGGAGCAGCUGUCGAAGGUGAAUCAGAAGGCCGCUAGUUCCCUGGCUGAUCCUGCAGAGUAUGAAAACCUGUUUCCAGGUCUUAAGGAUGCUUUAAAGACGGAACAAUAUCUUAAGCCACAACGAUCCCAACUUCUUCCCGCCAACAGCUACCCAAGUGUCCCACCCAACACCGGUCGUGUACCAGUUGAUGAGAUGAAUCAGGCUGAAGAAAGAGGAGCAUUCCAUUUCUCACCCAACGGGGUGCAGGAUGAGGAUGAGGAGUUUGAGGAAGCCUCAGCACCUGUGCCACAGCAGAAGCCAGUCGAGGCAAAAGUAGAAGAAUCAUCAGAGCCACAAUCUGACACUCCCACACAAGAUGGACAAAUAUCAAGUGCAGACAUGGCUGACAUUGAACAGGAGUUAGAGCUGGACCUCGAAAACCUAAACAUAGAUAACAUAGACACUCUGGAAGUAGAUGACAAAGAAAUAAAUGAGGAGGAUGUGAAUUUGGAUGAAGAGUUUCUUGAAGAUUGAGGGAGUUAUAGGGAUCCUGUAUAUACAAGCAGUGUGAUAUAUAAAGACUGGGAACAAGGCAAUGCAUACAUGCAGGGAUAAUAUCUAAAGAACUCGGAUUCAGCAAAAUCAAUCUCCCAUCAUUUGAAUGCAUGGUUAUCAGAGGAUCUGUGGAACAAUGAAUUAGUACUGUGACAAAUAUCCUUUGAAGAUGGAAAUGUUGAUGUACUUGACUUUAAUGUAACUGGAAUGUGUAUAUGUCUGCAAACCAGACUCUACCUUUUAUGGCAUUGUCAAAUAUAUUUCCAGAAAUCAUGAACUUUCACCCUAACAUCACACUAGAAAUGAAAUAGCAUAUUUUUUCCAUUUCAUGUUUUAUCUGUUUGUAAGAAAACCAUGUGAUUUCAGAUACUGAUGAAAAAAAGACAGAAAUAUUUUACACUGACUAUAUUGCUAUCUAGAUCCUCGAUACUGGUAUCAUUAAUGUCUUAGCUUGUCAUGUUGUUUAUCAUUUUUAAAUACACUCAGCUUAUUAACAAGAAUUUUCCAAUCAGACCUACUGAAAGUAGUGUGUACAGAUGUGAGUCAGAUACAUAAAAAUAUCAGGAUGAUUCUGACGUUACAAUCUUGUGUCAGUUAUUCACAACAUCGUGACUGGUUAGGUCUGUAUCUAAGAGCAGCAACCAGCUGUAUGCCAUUGAAUUAUUAAUAUCUAAAUUAUAUCUUAAAAUACAAAAAAAGUAUAGAGAUAUUCACUACAGAGAAAGAUCUACUGCUACGAACGAUUUUAUAUUAUUUAUUUCAAUUUUGUUUUGUAUUUUUGUUGCAUGAUACAGCAAAUUACUGAUUGUGAGAGGACUGCCUAUAUAAGAGCUCCUAUUUUGCUGGUGUCAAAAUUCUGUUAUUGGAACAAAUAUGUUAUGUUAAAUUUUCAGAAAACUCUUCCUUCAUUUUGUGUAAACAAAUUUUGGCUACAAAACCCUUCCUUCAUUUUGUGUAAACAAAUUUAGGCUACAAAACCCAAACAAGUAAAAUAAGUGCUAUAGGUGCUAUGUAUAUAUACAGUGGAGUGAGACUAUCUCCUAGUUGCUCUACUUGUCACUGAUGGUGACUUCAUGUUCAGGAGGCACGGUAGUCUAGUGGUAGGACGCCGGGCUCGUGACCGAAGGGUCGCGGGUUUGAGUCACGGCACGGCACUGUGUUGUAUCUUUGAGCAAGAUACUUUACUCUGCUUGUUCCAGUCUACUCGGCUGUAAAUGAGUAUGUGGUUGGGCAGUGCUAGAACUGUUUAAUGCUAGCUGUGAGCUCUGAAAUGGCAGCACCGGCUGUAUGCUCCCCAGGGAGUUGAGAAAGUUAUUGGCUGGUUGCAAAGGCCCUAUAACCACGGAAAAUAAUUUGUGAACUGCUUUGAGACGCCCUACCAACUAGGUUGUGAUAAAGUGGUAUAUAAGAACCUCGAAUUAUUAUUAUAAUUAUUAUUAUUACUACACAUGGAACAGUACAGUGGAUCAGUGUGAUAGGAGCCCAAUUUAUAUAUGCUGGCACGGAUAUGCUUACUGUCAAUCACCUUUUAUUUGUGAGUUUCCGAAAGAUGUGAUUGAUGUCAGUUGUGUUUGUUGCAUGAUACUGCAAAUAACAUUUUCAGUCUGUUACAGUCAGCUGAUGAAUUUAUUUAUAAUUGUUUGAAGGGUGAAAAUGUGUGAACAUAAACAUUUUCUUUUAUUAUAAUAUCAUAUUUCUUUUUGUGCUUCAAUGAUAUGGGCACUUAGUGUCAGAGUAUCACCUGAAUGGCUAAUAAAAUUGAUUUUCUUUUUGUAAGCAGUUGCAAUUUGGGGAAAAAAAGACGUCAAUAUGUUAAGAGGCUUAAAAAGGUGAAAAUCUUUGAAAAAUUACAUGUUUCAAGGCUUCACAAUUUCACAGUAACAAAGCUAUAAAUAAACAACGUUUUACUGUGUCAGUUGUGAAAAUAAUGUGUGAUGAUUCUCUUAUAGCAUGUAUGUGUAUGGAUGGAGAAGUACAGAUAUAUAUAAUGUAAAGGUCAGGGAGUAGAUGUAUGGAUGAAUAAACACUAAAAAAUAUAAA